AUGGACUACUCUAGUCUUCCAACGGUUAUCAUUGACAGCGGGACGGGCGUUUUGAAAGCUGGCCUCAGUGGACAUAACCUGCGUCCGACAGUCAAAAUGCAAUGUCCUAAUACGAUUGAUAAAAUUACGUUGAGUCAUAAUCUUCCAAAUGUCGAUCGAAAGCAACGACGCUCUGUUACAAAUUUUGAUCGUCUGAAAGAUUAUUGGUCGGAUGCAAUGUUUAAAUUGUCCGUUAUCCCGGACGAACACUCCAUCAUACUAACAGAAAGUGAACUCAACAUCGACAAAGACGGCAAAACGAUGGCACAAAUCAUAUUCGAGGAAUUCAGAAUGCCCGGACUGUACAUCGGCAAUGAAUCGGAUCUCACGUUGCGAUGGAGUCGCCAUUCAACGGGCGUCAUAGUCGACUGUGUUUCCAUCAUCACCACUAUCGUACCAUUCGCCAACCGUCGACGUCUUUCAGACUCAACCCUCAUACUCAACUACGGCGGUCACGACGUGACCAGUCGCCUCGUUUCAUUGAGUUUGGAAAGAGAAACAUGGUCAAGUGAUAUUCAGGGAUCCGGACCCGGAUUUUUCCAAGUGGGUAGAGGUGACAUGUACUCUAUUCGGGAGGGAGCAAAAUACAUUUUGUGUAUUGUACACAAUGUAUCAGCAGUAGAAUUGGAGAAGUAUAUUUAUCUUCAUGAAAAGAGACGUGACUGUACGGAUGGUCUCUUUUAUCCUGGCUUUUUCGAAAAGACCGGAUAUGGAAUCCCUAUGAGUGUGCGCCAAGCAGUUCGAUCUCAACCUCUAGAAAUGCAGGUAAAGCUCUAUAACAACGUCGUUCCGUGCGGUGGCUGCUCGACGUUACCGUGGUUUGUCGAGCGGUUCGCCCUUGAUCUGAAGAGAUUAGAAAAUCGCCUCGCUCCUCAUAUCAAUAUCCAUCACAAUCUUGACCGUGAAUACAGCGCCUGGUACGGUGCCAGCGAAAUAGGCCGUAUGGACUCUGACUUCUUCGAGUCUGUGAUGCUCACCAGAUCUAUGUACCAUGAAAAGGGUGAAGCUAUAUUUCGGGAAAAGAAGAUGUCGACAGAGACUAUGAAGAGAAAGCCACGUCCGCCAAAAGAUCGGUUUGAAGACGACAAAUAG